AAUGAAAAGAAGCAUAUGAUUGGCAGAGGAGCCUGUCAAGUUAUAAUUAAUCGUAUUCAUUCUUCAUGCUUCUUGCCUCUUAUUUGCUUCAUCUCACGACACUUUUUUCUUCUUCCCUUCAUUGCAUCAAUGCAAAGCAACAAGCUGGAUAAGCUGGAUAUAAGCGCUUAAAUUUGACUUUUUAAAGCAUACCCAAAUACUUCAUCUUAAGGUCCCGUCGCCACUACGAUGCAACACGACAUUACUCAGACCGCAGCCAGCAGCGGCCUUGGCCUAGCUAACGCUUCACGCCCAAAUAGUCGCAACGGCAAUGGAUAUUAUCAUCCUGAAGACCUUGCCACGUCGCGUCGAUUACAUGGAUCCAAUACUCCAGCUUCAACGCCCGGCACUGCUAUUAAUCCUACCGCAUCCAGACCCUAUAUUCGCCCUAGCCAUACCGCACGUCGAGAUAGUACAGCAUCAAGCUACAGCACUCUUUCCGAGGUAUCACAGCCCUGGACCAUGGCAGACAUUGGCUUCAACGCUAUCUCCGGAGUCCUCAACAACCCAAACAAGCGUCCUUCAUCGACAGCAAAGCCUACUAAAGCUGAUAUACCCCCCGUCCCUCCAACUCCCCUUCGCAAAGUAAAAGCAUCAGAAUUCGAUAGCUACAUUAAACAUAUUACUCCCGUCUUUGAGAGAUAUCAGAGCAAUAGAGCAGGCGCUAAAUCAGUAGAUAAUGCUGGUGUACACUCCCCUCGUUCGCCUUUUGGGUCAUCCUUUGAUUCUCGAGCAAGUCAUCUUCAACCUCCUGUGAUGGCUCCAUCCAUUGCACAGACUACGAUGCAUAGUAUGGAAAGGAUCGAGAGCGCACGCAACCCAUAUUCUGUUCCAGACAUGCCUGAGCUCAAAGAACCCGUGCCAAUGAAACCAGCUAUGCCAGAUACGCCUGCUCUUAGCACUGUUCCAUCCAUCUUUUUCGAUCCCGACUUUAACUUUGAGAACCCAAGGACUUUUGAUCAAGUUUGCGAACAAACAGGCUCUUCAGACGCAAAGAGCAAUAGCACAACUUCGAUUGUUACCAACAGCAUUCUUCAGGAAAAGCUUUCACAUUAUUUAGACACGGUUGAGAUUCAUUUAAUGACAGAGAUUUCACGGAGAUCGAUUUCGUUCUUUGAGGCAUUAUCCAACCUGCAGGCACUGCAUUCUCAAACACUAGAAUGCGUGUCUCAAAUUCAUGUCCUCCGUGCACAGCUGGCCAGGAUUGACCACACACAGUCAAAACAGGGUUUAGAAGUUGUGCGUCUCAAGAGACGCAGGCGUAAUAUAGGUUUGCUUCAUAAUGGCAUUCGAAUGGUCAAAGAAAUUCGAUCGACACAACCCAUGAUCCAGGUCUUAUUGGGAGACAGCAACUAUUUUGGCGCAUUGGAUCUAAUUGAUGGCACUCAGUGGACACUCAUCGAUGGUGAUAUAAGACAUCUUGAAGCAACUCCAGGAUUUGGUCCUAGCCUUACGCUUAUUUCAUCUUCAGCUUCUAUUACACCUUCACCACGCUCAUUGGAUAUCCGUGGUGUAUUGGCACUUGUCCACUUUGGAGGUCAGUUGGCAGAGAUGCGAAAGAUGAUCGGAAAGAUGAUUGAAAAUGAUCUAGUAAAUCUACUACUCGAUGACUUUCGAGAACGAAUCGGUAAAUUGGAUGUUGCAACAUUAUUGACCGAUAUUGGUCGAGUUGAUACAUCCAACACAAAGUUCAUGAAACCCAAUUUCAACCGAGGUAUCAAUCCACUGUUAUCGAAACAAGUGGAGGAGGAGAGCGAUCUGCAAGAUAAAAUAUUUUCGUUGAUUCAAGGAUUACUUCGAACCAACCGCGCAGGAGUUGCGCUUCAAACCUAUAGAGAACAGAUUUUGCAAGAGAUUAAAAACAUCAUCAAAUCUCAAUAUCCGCCUCCAGACCCUGAUACAGCCAACACCAAUGGUCCUGUUUCUUCCAGGAAAAAGGAUCAAAUGACUUCUUUGGCGAGGCAACUGCGGGAAAUGGAUUCCAUUACGUUUUACAAGAUGCUGUCCUAUAUAUAUGCAUUCCUAUUAGGUGCUUUUCAGAGGGUGUCAUUAUACCACCAACUGAUCCUACAUUGUAUCCGCAGAGCAGAGGCUCAUGGUACUGGGCGAUUGAUUAUGGUUGACUCUUCUUCCGACACAGAUAGCGUACAGGGGUCUAUUUCCAUUCGUGAAGUGAAAGAUGGAGAAAACGAAGAUGCUGAAGACUAUGAAGGACCAGAGGGUGAUCAGGUGCAAUUAGACGGCGAGGAUGCUGGAUUCAGUCUUAAGACGAUGACACCAGGGUCAACUCCCAUGCAGGCAACAAUAGGAAGAAAGCGUAUAGCAGCCCCAGGCAGCAACAUCAAAGUUACCCCGCCUAGGAUACAGUUUGCUGGAGGUCUUCACUCUCCAUCUAUUCACGGUUUUGCAUCAAUGCAGCUUGGUGAUGAGGAAGGCGAUCAACUCAGCGAUGGUUCUAUUACUCAGCUAUUUCGACAAUUAGAAACAGAAUCAGAAGAAAUUCUCUUUGCAGUAGCAGACCUAGCACACUCGAGAUGCGCAAAGUUGAUGAGUAUGAGGAGCGAGCAAACCGCAAAACUCUUGCCUAUUGAGGUUUAUCGGUUGCUUAGGCUUACCUGGUCGUUUGUAUUACAAAGCGAACUUCUGUCAGGAUACAUGUGCUAUGGCCUCAGGACAGCUAUUCUAUCUCAGUCCAAAGCAUUUUUACUCCAGUUUCACAUGCAAAAGACAAGCCAACUAGCAAUAUCUGUUGGAGAGGAUCAGUGGAUUCAAGUGGAAGUACCAUGGUCCUCGCAAGCCACCGCUAAUGAAAUUGUCGCAAUUUCGACCCUUAGUCUACAGGAGGCUCGCAAUAAGGACUUCGCGAUGGCAUUCAAUGUUCUCAAGCUGGCGGGGCCGCCAGUCGCCCAAGGUAUAAUGGACCACGAUACGUUUCUCCCAGCGCGCCUAGGAUCUAAGGGUCCAAAAGAAUCCAACAGCAGUAGUAAAGAGACAGAGAUACCAGUACCAACACGUGUACUAUCGAUCGGGGAUGAGGUGUUCUUCGUUGUAGGCUGUUCAUUAGUAUUGCUUGAUAUUGUGGCGGAGUAUUUAGAUAUCCUCAACAACAUUUCAGCACUUACUACGGAUGUUAUGCAGCGCAUCAUCGAACUGCUCAAGUUGUUCAAUUCGAGGACGUGUCAAGUGAUUCUUGGAGCUGGAGCCAUGCGGUCGGCGGGACUUAAAAACAUUACAGCCAAACAUCUUGCUCUUGCAUCUCAGUCACUAAGUAUGUUUGCGACGCUGAUACCAUAUGUCAAGGACUGGAUCCGAUCUAAAAUGACUGACAAACAGAUGGUUAUGCUGACGGAGUUCGACAGGAUUCUUCGUGAUUUCCAAGAGCACCAGAAUGAGAUCCACGCGAAACUAGUGACGAUUAUGACGGAACGCCUCAAUAUCCACAUGCGCUCUAUGACAAAUCCUGCUGUUGUCGAUUAUGAUGCGCUCAACAAGCCUGCACAGCAAUUAGCAAAUGGUGGUGGAAAUGUCAAUGCAUUUAUGGAUGGCCUCGUCAAGGACGCAAUAACGCUUCACAAAGUCUUGAGCCGCUUCUUACCAGCGGCAUCCAUGCGGAAAGUUAUCGAUGAAGUCCUCCAGGUAUUCACAACGCGGCUUGAGGAAGAGAUCGAAAAGUUGCCGAUCGCCACACCCUUGGGAAAAACAAGGUUACAGGCAGAUGUUGCAUACUUUGGCCAAAAGUUAAGCCCACUUGAUCCCAAUGGGAUUAUUGGAACAAAGUUGCUGAAGCAAGUUAAAGAGCUAGCUCUGAUAGACAAGAAGAAUGGGACAGCAACCCCCACAAUAGCUGCUCCUGUGAAUGCUGCCUCAUCUGGCUCUUAGAGCAGCAUUAAUUUUUUUCACAGGCAUUUUUUUUAGUUCCAUAAAAGUUGCACGAAG